CGUUUUCGUACACGAAUUGGAAUUCGUAGACAGAUAUCAGGAAGAAAGGAAACUUCGGUCCUGAUUCAGCGAAGGAAUUUGACAGCUAAAGAUCGGUCAUAUGCUCUUCGUACACGCUUUCCUUGUCGCAUCGUACAUCAGAACCAUUCGUGCCUCAAGUACUGCAGACUAUGCAACAGCGCCAUCUUACUUUUACUUCGAAUUUCCAGUCAACUCAAAGUCAAACACAAACUGCCAGGAUUCGGAUUGUAAGGCUGACCACACUAACUCUCCAUAAACAAAAGUACACAUAUAACAAACAUGCCCUGUCAAGAAAAACAUGAAAACUCCUUUUUACCCUUCAGCUAGCAUGGCAGCGCAGAUCUAAUCACGACGAUCAGGGGACCCCCUUGACAUUAGGAAUAAGCUACUUCUCGCACCACCAACGCUUUGACUACAUACACUUUUGCCUUUGUGUAUUUUUUUUCGGACAAAUUUUCUUACCUCACCUCCGUUUUUUAGUUCCCCUCCACCACCUUUUCCUCCUCCGUUUCCCGCACCUUCCACCACACCAAAUCCGCGACCAACAGCAACAUGGUGAACUGUUGCGACUGCAGCAAGCCGAUCACCGGCACCUACUAUGAGACCGAAAGUGGUGGGAAGCAAUGCCAGGCCUGCGCGGAGAAAGAAGCCGGCUACUGCGUCGCGUGCAAGAAGUCCAUGCUCGAGGGCGACGGCGGUGUGACGCUGGGCGACAUCCAUGUGCACAGCAGUUGCUUCAAGUGCAUCAGCUGUACGAAGCCGAUCACCGGCGGCUUUUUGGAGAAGAAAAAGCUUUUAGACAAGGCCGACACGGCGGCGAUCGCGGCCUGCAAGCCCACGGACUGGUUCUGCGCGGACUGCGGGCAGAAAUUCCAGCGGGCGGAAUGGGAGAAGAAGCACCCGCAGGCCGCGAAGCAAGCGCCCGCGGGGAAGCCAGGAGUGUGCACGUUUUGCAACGAGCCGCUGGGCUCUGGAGAGCAGAUCGGGCGACUGGGCGAUGGAUCGCAGUUUCACUCGCGCUGCUUCAAGUGCAGCACGUGUGGCGACCCAAUCAAGGGACAGUUUGUCAAGGGAUCGAAAGGGAUCACCUGCAUGAAGUGCGUGCCGAAGUGCGCUGGAUGCGGCCAAAAUCUGUCCGGGCAGGUACAAACUCAAAAAAUGGAAAUCGUUUCGUGCUGGCUGUCGUGCUGGCUAAGGACGAACUCGGAUCUACUUCUUGCGCUACAAUUAGCCCGAGAGCUGCAGGUCAUUUGCGCCCGCGCCCGCCCAAAGCGAACGCCCAUAUUCUCGGACGAGAAGUUGCCGAUGCUACCGAAGAUAUUAACUUCAAACGCGGUCGCGAUCAUGCUACAGCGUAGCACGUUACCGCUUUAUACCGCGCUGCGCCCACUGAUGCCCUUAAUGAGAUAGGUAAAGUUAGUACUGAGCCGCCCGCUGCGUUUUUGUUUCGUUUUGUCGUUUUUCUUGUUCGUUUGACUGCUCACACCCUCAUUGCCAGAAGUUGCUUUGCGUUUGGCCUCGUGAUGUGCCCGCGCCUCAUGGAAGAUAAUGUCCUGCUGAUACUAUUGUUUGUGCGUUUCAGUCUUCUUAAUGUUUUUCUCAAAAGUGAUUUUCGAAAAACAAAAUCUUACGUCGACACAGAUCAUGCAAGCCGGUGGCAAGAGCUACCACAAAGUUGGGCCGGACGGGCACUGCUGCUUCAAGUGCAUAUGAACUGCAAAAGUAUCGCACUCGUAUAACACAUGAUUUCUGCAUUACAAAUUUUCUCAGCAUGAGAAAUGAGAUUUGUAAUGCUGAUUUGCCUUAACAAAAAGAUUUGUAAUGCAUGACGACAAUACGAGUACGAUACUUUUGCACAGGAUAGUUCACUCACUGCAACCAGGCCAUGGAUAACGGGUUCUUCCCGGUAUCAACUGCAAAAAUGUCUAGGUCUAGAAGAUUGCAACUUGUCAUGCUGUUUUUGGACUCGAAAAAAAAUUGUGUUGCAUGACCAGCAAGAGGGAUGCAAUUUGUGCUACGCGGAGGACAGGGCAUUUCUCAUGCGGAAGGUGCAUCAGGAAGCCCUCUAAAAGUCUGCGAUGCUAGGUCAUGCAUUACAGGCAUCAUGGGUCAUGAGAAAUAUGCAUUGCAAAUCAUGCAUUCUUCCAGACCCAGACACUUUUGCAUUUGAUACCCGGACCCAGGAGACGAAACGCGUUACGUGUGCGAGCCCUGCUACGCAGAAAUCACGGAGAACAUCGCGAACGCGAAGCACGACGAGGAGCGGCAGAAGCAGAUCCGCGCCACGGACGAGAUCGAGCGCGGCCAUGCGUGUGUGUGGUCGGACGCGUACCGUGGGCGGCCAGAGGACACCCUCUACCUCUUCGACGAAGCGGACAAAACGGAAUUGGCAAAGGACCCGAAGCACUGCUGCGUCUUCUUAGAUUCCGACGAAAACAUGCACGUGGGGAAGGCGCACGACAUCCGGCACAGCAUCAACUUGGAAUAUUUGGUCGAGGCGUGUAAAAUGAUCCACUUGAACAACGGGCAAGAUCCAGUGUUCUCUCUCGACCCGGCGGACCCGCACGAUUUGGGCGGGAAACAGCAGAAAAAGCGGUUCAUUCCGGAUGAGAUGUGCAACGGACCGCUAGGCGAAGUCAUGUUCCAGGCAGAUUACUUCUUGAAAAAAUUCAGCUUCGGCGACGCCCCGGUGGAAGGGGUGAAGUUCGAGUCUUUAUUCGCCACGGACCACAGUUCCACCGGAGCCCGGCAGUGGUUCGUGAUCCAGGACGGGAACGUGACGAUCUCGCAGGACCGGGUUUUUAUCGUCGACGUGAAAAUGAUCGUGGACGCGCGCCGAUUGGAAAUGGGUCCCGAGGGGUACCGCGACGCACCUCUGACCGAGCCGGAUGAUCCGGCGUUGCUCCACGCACACCACUUUUCGGAAAACAUGGAAACUCUGCGGAAAAAAGUCCCAAGCGUGCACGAACUCUUCGAGUGCGCGAAGGCGAUGACGCUGGCCAAGUACUUGAUCAAGAAGCGAAAAUUGAACAUCAACGUGGAAAAGAUUUUAAAUUACUUACCCCGACCGAUUUUGGAGGAGAUCAACGCGGUGAAGAAAACCACCGCGCACACAGAGAAGGGGCGGGAACCGAUGUCGGAGUACCCGAGAUUAAUCCCGACGUUGCGGAAGGAGACGAAGCACACGUCCGUGCACCAUAAGGAAAAGGGGGACGGGAUUGAAGUGGAAGAGCACACACAGUCGAUGUAUGGGGGGGUCGAUCUCGGCGUUCCGGUGGAGAAGAUCGUCGUGAAGGAGGAACCCCUACCCGUAGCGGAUCCACAGCACCCACCACACCCGUUCCCGGUUUUGAAGCCCCGGGGCGCGCCGGCGGAUGACCAAGUGCCGAAGUGGGUGUUGCAAAACAGCAUGUCUCGCGACGACUACAUUCAUGCGGCGAAAGCUGCGCACCCGAGUCACAACAUGCCGAGCAAACGGAUCGCGGAAAGUAAAAGGAGCUCUGCGGGGGAAGCGGCUGCGCCGGGGGAAGAAGAGGACGAGGCGUUUGUGGACGAUGAACCGUACGUUGAUACGCACAUUUUAGAGGACAAAAAGAGCGUCGUAACCGACCGCGCGAGCGGUGGGGCUGCGAAAUCUGCAUCACAAACUCCCGGGAGUUCCCGUACUACGGCCGCGCCUCCAGCAGCGUCACAACCCCGUGGCAGCGCGGCCCAGCGAAUGGCGGCGUCUACUGGUUCGAGGGAAAGCGGGGUUACAGGUUCGAAUGAUCGAGCAGGCGGAUCGACUUUGUCGUCUGCAGGAAGAGGUGCUGGUGGUGCUCCUGCGAGAGCUGCGCCGUCGGGGACAACUACAGAGAGGCAAUCCGCCGCGGCCGCGGAGCAACAUAGAGCGACAGGAGCAACAACUGCGACUAGAGGAAGCGCUGGCACAACGGGAGCGGAGCAACGACAGCCUAGCACGGCAACCGCCGUUCGAGCAGCUGGCUCCACGGGAUCGCGCGCGGCUUCGGCUAGGCUACAGGAUCACGAUACUGUCGGUCCGUCCCCAGUCAGGACGACAGCCGGCUCGGCUUCAGGCAGUCAGCCGAGAAAGGCGCCGUCAACGGCAUCAGCAGGAAAAGAGGCAGCUUCGUUCCGACCUCCAAGUAGAUCUGCGGGAGCGAGCGGCGCUGCGCCCGCGAGAAAGAGAACAAGUGUAGCUGGCGGGAGCAUCAAGGAAGAGGAAGAUAAGGGCUUCUUCGGAGGCCUGUUCGGCUAG